CACGAAAAUAUAAAUUCGUUUUCUGGUGAAUUCUUGUUUAUAACCGUGUGUCUCCUUUUUCAGAAGUGCGUCGGGUUUAUAUUGUGUGGCCGAAAUGUUCAGAGGUAAUAACAGCAAUACAGCAGCUCCGUCUUAUCUCAACAAUCACUUCCAAUAUCCUCCAAACGUGUCGAAUCAGCAGCAGUUAUGCGGGAACUUACCUGUAGAAUUUCAUGCCGAUCCUGUAAAUUAUAUCGGAAAUAAUCACGGGACUCCAAUCCUCCUGCCAAACGAAGCUAUUCCGAGAAAGCAAAAGCUUCAAUUCUCCCUAAAUAAUAAUAAUAAAGCUUUUCACGAAGAACACGACAGAAAAGCCAGCAUCCACAACCUGAAUCACGUGUCCACUGGUUUAAGGCUCUCGUGCGACGAUGAAGAGCGAAAUUCCUCUAUUACAUCUGCAAGUGGAAGCCUUACCUCUUCGGUUCUUUCCUCUCUGACCAAUGACAUCAAAAGAGAACUCGAUCAACAAAAUCAAGAACUCGACCACUUCAUUAGAAUUCAGGAAGAAGACAUGGUGAAAGGGGUGAGAGACAUAAGGCAGAAACACAUCACUUCUUUCCUCGCUUCUCUGCAGAAAGGGGUCGUCAAAAAGCUGCGCGAGAAAGAUCUCGAACUAGAAACAAUAACUCUUAAAAACAAAGAACUCGUCGAGAGCGUGAAACAAGUGACCAACGAAGCUCAAAACUGGUGCUACAUGGCUAAGUACAACGAAUCGGUUGUGAAUGUUCUGAAAACCAAUCUACAGCAAGCUGUGGAAGGUUCCAACAGGAUAAUAGAAGGACAAGGAGAGAAUGAAGAAGCGGCCGACGAUGCUAAUUCUUACGUCGAUCCGAACAAUUACCUCAAAUCCAGUUCGUUGAGGAAAAACGUGACGUGCAGAUCAUGCAAAGCGAAGGAGGUAUCGGUACUUUUAAUGCCGUGUAGGCACCUCUGUUUGUGUAAGGAGUGUGAAGGUUUUGUCACUGUUUGUCCUGUCUGUCAGAUGGUAACAACUGCUUGCCUUGAGGUGUAUCUAUCUUGAAAAGAAAAAAAUUAAGAAUCAAAAUUCACUUAUAUAAAUUAAAAGAUUAUUCGCCUUUUUUUUU